CUCUUUCUGGGAAGGGAGGCUGGGAGCGAAGCACAAAGGGAAGCGUCGGUCGUUGCCUCCCACCCUUCCCCCCCCACCCCGCGAGGAGAUCCGUGGCUCCGUCCUAAGGCUGAAGAGUUUCAACCAUCCGAGCCUCCGGAAGAAACUUGGCCGUCCAGCGGCGUGAACUUCUAACCUGUUUGGGGCAGACUUCGGAGAUGGAAGACCAAGAUUUGACUAGCCUUGAAGCUGGAAGAAGCCUCGAUGUCCUGGAUGUUGGAAAUGGGGCAGAAUUCUGGGGGAAGAAAGUGCAGAAUAUCUUGCGGGGGGUGCACACUUGCUGGUCAGAACAGCACAAGCGGUUCAGGGAGUUUUGUUACCAAGAAGCGGAAGGUCCCCGGGAAGUCUGGAGCCGAAUUCAUGACCUUUGUCACAAAUGGCUGAAACCCAAAAGGCAUACCAAAGCUCAGAUCUUGGAUCUGGUGAUUCUGGAGCAGUUCCUGAAAAUCUUGCCGCCAGAGAUGGGGAACUGGGUUCGAGAGUGUGGGCCGGAGACCAGCUCGGAGGCCGUUGCCUUGGCGGAAGGAUUCCUUCUGAGCGAGAUAGAGGGAGCGCAGGCGCAAGGGAUGCUGGCCAGACCUGCCUCUGAGUUUCCUGACCCGGACAGUUUAUCAGCCGCCACUAAUCCAAGGCCACCAUUUGAGAAAAUCCUGAUUGAUAAGGCCACCUCUCUAGAAAAUCAAGUGGCCAUUGAUGGUGGGAGAGGAACCGCUUCUCUGCAGUCAGAUCAGGGCUCAGGGCCUGUUAACAAAGUGGCUACAGAGGAAAGGACUCCAUUAGAUCCAAACCAGAUGGACACAACAGAAGAGAAUUAUGGGAUGGUGCCGUCUCUGGUGCCCCAAACUAAAUUCACGUCAUGGCAGGAAGUAACUGAGGAUUCAUCUGUCAAGGAUUCGCAAGAAGAAGAAAGACCAGCAGAUGACGGAAAAAGCAGUAAACAGGACAAACCGAAGUCUGAAGAAAAACAGAAAUGGGGAGAGAAAGCUGUCCCUUUUGAAGAGGCUGACUUCUCUCAAAUUCCAAAAUUAGAAGAUUGUACCGAAGAAAUGAAAAACACAAGCCAUAGUAGAGAAAAACCACCGAAAUCCCUUGAGUUUGGAGGUGGCUUAAGUGAGCGGGUAAGCCUUCCUAAACCGCAGAGAGCACAUUCAGGAGAUAAAACCUAUAAAUGCUUAGAGUGCGGAAAGAACUUCACAAACCUUAAGUCACAUCAAAAGAUGCACACGGGUGAGAAGCCAUACAAAUGUUCCGAGUGUGGGAAGAAUUUCCGGUACAACAUGAACCUGAAAUCACAUCAGCGAAUUCACACUGGGGAGAAACCAUAUAAAUGUUCUGAAUGCGGAAUGACUUUCAGCUACAGCAUGAAUCUGAAAUCGCAUCAAAAAAUCCACACUGGGGAGAAACCGUACAAAUGUUCCGAAUGCGGGAAGAGUUUCAGUCACAGCAUGAACCUGAAGUCGCAUCAGAAAAUCCACAUGGGAGAGAAACCCUAUAAGUGUUCUGAGUGUGGGAAGUGUUUUACUCACAAUGUGAAUCUGAAGACCCAUCAAAGAAUUCACACGGGGGAAAAACCGUAUAAAUGUUCUGACUGCGGAAUGACGUUCAGGUACAGCAUGAACCUGAAAUCACAUCAAAAAAUCCACACGGGAGGGAAACCAUAUAAAUGUUCCGAGUGUGCAAAACAAUUCAGUAACAGCUCAGACCUUAAACUGCAUCAGAAAGUUCAUACAGGGGAAGAACUCUCUAGUGCUCCCAAGGAACAAGUUUAAAGUCAGCGCGCAACCUGUAAGAAGAUAAUGCAGUAAGGAUAUUGUUGGUUGUGGGAUCCUGCUUUUCACAUCUUCUAUCCAGGGGUGUUUACAAGAAGGGGUUUAAAAAAGUCAAGAAGAGAGCCAUGGCCAUGUGAUUGAAUCCCUGUCCCUUUUAACCUGUGCUAAACAGGAAUCGCAUAAAAAAACCCCCAAGGUUUAGAUCACACGGCCAUGAUUACCAUCUAGAUCAGGGGUGUCAAACUUAAGGCCCGUGGGCCAGAUCCAGCCUGCAGGGUAAUUAAAUUUGGCCCGCGGGGCUGGCCUGGAAAUGACAGAGGAGUGGUCCACGGUGCCUCUGGCAGCCAAAACGGGGCUUGGGGCACAUGCAGCUCCCCCGUGCCCUAUUUUGGCCAUCAAAGUGCUGCAGGAGGCCGUCCAGGCUGAAAAUGAGGCACGGGGGGCCGUGCGUGCCACCUGUGCCCCGUUUUGGAUGGCAGGGUGCUGCAGGUGGCAUCUGUCCCAUCUUGGUCCCCACCCACCCACCCACCCCAGCCCGCAGAGAACUACAAUGCUGAUCCGGCCCUUGGAGAAAUCCAGUUUGACACCCCUGAUCUAGAUGUUUCCAAUACCUCCUGCAGUUUUUUCUGCUUGCCUCAAAAUACGAAAUGAACUAAGCCUUGUAAAAGUGCUUAGUGUUUGAGAUGAAUUUCACUGAUAGUCUUAAAAGGUUGAAUUUCAGCAGAGGACAACUGCAUGUUUUAUGCACAGAAGUAUCCCAGGUUAAAAUUGCAUCAAGCAAUUCACGGAAGUGAGAAGCGAUGCAAAUAGUCCCAUAUCUCAAAACAACCUUCAGCCCUAGCAAAAGUCUUGCAUCACAUCAGGGAAUGUAGAUAGGGGAGAAUCAUAUUAAAUUGUAGAGAGUAGAUAGGGAAGAAUCGUAUUAAAUUGUAAUAUAGACUGAAAGAUGGGGAAAUUUCCAGUGAUCGCAUAAUACUUCAUUUUUAAGAGAUUCCAUGAAUUCAGUGGAAAGAGAUGUAAAUAAUCAAGGAACAAUUUUUAUCUGGCCAAUCUGUAGCCAAGAAGGGUUCAGCAUGGUAGGCCAAGAUUCCUUUGCUCCAAAUGUGGCAGAAAAUUCCUUCCAGUACACGUAUUUGUGUUUUUAAGUGGGUACCUAACUAGUGACCUCAAAUUAACUUUGGCCAAAAAAAAAUCCCCCAUCAUUAUAGUUAAUACUAUAGUUGAUUUGUUGGGUAGUGAUGGUUUUUUUUUAAAUAUCUCCAUACUGUCACAGCAGUAGUCCCCAAACUUUCUGUCUUGGCCCGGGUGGUGGUGGAAGGGGAUGGUUCCGUGUGACUAACAGGCACACGCACAGCCCCAUUUGUGCAAGUGGAGCUUCGCACUCAAGCACAAGUGCCCACCACUCAUGCAAGUAGAGCUAUACAUGUGAGGUGCAAGCGCUUGCCACUUGCAUGAAUGAAGCUCCGCACGCAUCUCACUUACCGCUUGUGCAGCCUGGUUCUAAACCAGGCCCCGGGGGAGUGGGGUGUUGGGGGACCCCUGCUUUAAGCAGCCAUUUUUAAUAAAUCAGUGUUGUGCUGCCUGCUUAUCUUUGUCCAUGACUUGCUUUUAAUUCAAGGUUCCCAAAGCUCUGGAAGAGAAAGGUGGAAGUAUCUUUUAAAAAAAAACAAAACUGAAUUUUCUUUGUGGGGCAAGUUUUUCAAAUGCAUAUAAGCCUUUGUAAAUUUUACUACUUUGUUGGUAAAGAACUCUGGAUAGUGUACAUAAUUUAAAUGCUGUGGAGGAUGGGAGAGUUGAUCGAGGAAAAAUUAAAAUUGUUGAACUGCAAUGCUCUUAUUCUUUCUGUUGCAACGACUGAGGCAAAUGGAACCCCAUGGGUGCUUUCAAGUGAAAUUUGAAGGAGGAAUUCCUUUGCAUCUCAACUUUUGGCUUGUACGCUUUAAAAAGUCAGUGAAUCAAGGAAAACCUGCAUUCUUCUUUCUCUGUUUGUUUUUUGUUUGCAUCAUAUCACUUUCAAUUUUCUUCAGUCCUCAUUGUCCAUCCCAUUCCACAAUCAUCUUCUGAAAAAAAAUAAGAUCUGGAGUACAGAAUUAUCUUUAUUUCCAAGAAUGUCUUUGGUUUCCACAUUUUCUCAGGAAAAUGGUCAAUUUUUUUUAAAAAAAAAUAUGGAUAUAGCACAAUUUGAUGUACCGUUCUUGUUUUCCAGAAAAAUGUAAUUUCAGCUAGAUAUUGAUGGUAAAUAUUGUGGUGAGCCAGAAAAUGUUUCGGUGAAUGAUAUAACCAUCCUGCUUCAUGAUUAAUUUUUUUUUCUUUGAAUUUGGUCCUAUCUGUGUUUGCCAUCCAUUUUGAGAAAGGACAAGUUCCAUCAACCGUUUUCUUUGGGUAUCAAUGAUACUGUACACUCAGAAUUUGUAAAGUAAAAGAUUGAGGGCCUUAUAAUUCUUAUAAUAAAGUUUCAUAAUGAGAUGUUAGGGAUUUCAUAAGUAUUUUCUCCAGUACUCUUAAGUCUCCUAAAGAAUUCCCAUAGGAGGGAGUCCUAUAAGUAUAUAAAAAGCUAUACUCAAAAUGAUCAGCUUACCAAAAAGGGAUCCACAUUAUUAAGAAAUGCAUACAGGGUGGAAAGAGCUUCAGAUAAGACUGUUACUUUAGUUUGAAGGAUAUAGAUCAAGAAAGAGAAAUAAUAAUGGAUACAAACAGCAGACUACAUAGUGGGAAGUUAUUGACCUCAUCUACUGUUACUUAGGUGACUGAGGUAACCAAGUUGAUAAAUGUACAGUAUAGUUUGGACUCUUCAGUUGCGAGAUGCAGGCAAUAUGCUACCUUGGUGCAUUCUGAAUUUGGUUGUUUUCUUGCAGAUGGUUCACUAGAACUGAUGAUGUUACCUAGUUGGGUAAUGAACCAUUUGCAAGAAAACAACCAAGUUCGGAGAGCACCAAAGAUCCCGCAUUUCAGCCCAGAACUACAAAUAUUCUUGUUUAUUGGUUAAUGAUAUUUUAUUUAUUUAUUUAUUUCCAAAAAUUUAUAUGCCGCCCUUCUCCCUAAGGACUCAGGGCGGCGAACACAGGUUAAAACAUACAAUAAUAAAAGGUAACGUAAUUAAAAUUAAAACAACAAUAAAAUAAUAAAACCCAAGGAUCAGGGUCAACCCAUUUGUUGAAACAGCCAAGUCUUUAAGUCCCGACGGAAGGAGCAGAGAUCAGGCGCCGUCCGAAGCUUGGUGGGUAACUCAUUCCAGAGGACAGGAGCGCCUACAGAGAACGCUCUAUCCCUGGACGUCGCCGGCCGAUGGUACCCUGAGGAGGGCAGCCCUGUGAGCGGACAGGACGGUGGGAGGCGGGUAGGAUAUGCUACAUCUCCCAAGAAUUAGCAUGAAUAUUUGAAAGGUGCUGUGAAAGCCUGACCCGAGGAGAUUUUAAAUGAAUGGGGGGGGGGAAGAGGGCAACCCCCCAAAAUAACCUGGCAAGUAAAUAUUAGGGCAGGUAAGGAUAUGACAGAUGGGGAGAUACGAAUGCAAAUAUGGGGAUAAAGUUAUAUGAUCAAUUUCAGGGUCUCUACAAAUGUACAAAGUAUGCAGUGAAUAGGAAGAACAUGACAUUUCAAAGCAUGGAGGUGAAUAUAAUCUAAUACAUGGUGGGAAUGAAACUCCUACUUGGAAUGCAAAGAGUGAAGGAUAUAAUGAAAAGAAGGGAAGAGGAGGAGGACUGUAGGUGUGGAAAGCCAAGAUAUUUUUGAGAUUGAGGAAAUUGAGCAUAAGGGCCUAGUCAAAAGUGUAGGAGUGAUAAGUCUUGAACCUCUCUCUGAAAAUGAAUAAAAUGUUUGAAAACGUCAAGAAAUAAUUAAAAAAGGGCAGCAGGGUGGAGGACCUGAUUGAGGUAUAAAAUCUCUGAAAAAAGAAGUGACAUGCAAAAAAACAAUAGCCUCAGAAAAUGUUAGGGUCCGAGGAUCCAAUGAAGGAGAUUGAGAAAAGAACAAAAAAAUUCUUUCCUACAGCAAAGCACUUCAUAACAAAUGCUAUGAUUGUCAUCAAUCUCUGGUCUUCAUUCAAUACAGUGGCUUCUUUGGUCUUCCAUUGAGAAUUUACACUGAUUCUGUCUUGCUUUCAGAGGUAUCCAUAUUGUUUUGCUUGCAGAGUAAACUUUCUGGAAACUAAGACAGGUAUAAAUUCAGUUCUCGGCAAAGGAAAUCAAAUUUGCCAUGCACCAAUUUGUGGUCAUUUCAAAGAAAAUCAUGAAUUCAUUUUGUGUAGAUGGUCUAGGAUUCUAAAGAAGUUCCUAAGGUUUAAUCUUGUCUUAAUUUCAUACUUUAUUAAAAUCAUUUUUAAUUCUGUAUUUAAUUCCUCCUCCUAUAAUGGAUGUUUCUCCUCAAAUUCCUUUAUUAAACUGCUCCUAUAUUUA